AUGGGACAUAAAUUAAGUAAAUAUAGUAGUAACAGUAGGAAGCGUCUUUCAUAUCACUGGAGAAGAUCACUCAAUCAAAACUCAAACAGAAGUGGAUUCAGUACGGAUGAUAGUGUUUCCAGUAACAGUUCAAUUCACAGCAAUAUCACAGAGAUCAUCGAUGAUAAACAGAUAGUCGAUGCCAACUCUGUUUGUGAUACUUCACUCACUGUCACCAAUCAAAAGAAUCUAAUCAUUUUUAGAAAUUUGGAAUUAAUCAAUGCUUUAAAUUUCGAUUUAUAUGAAGACGACAAUAACAAUAACAUUGAUAAUAUCAAUAAUAAUAAUCAUAGUAGUUGUAGUGGUGGUAGUGAAAAUAGUAACAACCAAAUAAUUCAAUUGGAAAAUAAUAAUUAUAAUAAUGAAAUAUUUGAAAAUAAUUCAAUUCCAAUAGAUAAUAAUUUUAAUAAUAGUCCAGGUGUUGGUAUUAGUAGUAGUAGUAGUUUUAGAAGUAGUUAUAUUAGUAGUAGUAUCAAUAAUAUGGAUUCAGUAAAACUGGAAAUCGGUAAAAUACAAACUAUAUCUAUGGAGUUAUUAUUGAAUAUUAUGUCGUAUCUUACAGUUAAGGAAAUUUUGACACUACAGUCGGUUAGCAAGUUUUGGUAUAUGUUGAUCAAGGAUGACAUGCUGUGGAAGUAUCUGAUGAAGCGUGAUAUUCACAAUAAAUGGAAUUACCAGUUGCGUGCGCUUAUGUCAAAGUAUGAAACACAGAGCAAUGUCAACUGGAAGAAGAUCUAUUGUGAUCAAUGGCGAACCAGACUUUGUGGAAAGUGUUCCAAGACCUACAGACAGUGUCACAACCAAAAUCUAAUGUGUAAAGUUCAUACCGGUAUAAGAGAUAUCGUUGAGAAUAGAGGUGUUCCAUCAGGUGUUUAUUGGUUAUGUUGUUUAGCUAAACCAAAGAAUGCAGAAGGAUGUACAUCUUCAUCACACCAUGAAGAUCGUGAGAUUCCGAAUCUAUCAUAUUACAAUUGUUAA